AUGACCGUGACUGUCCUGCUCCUAGCCCCUUUGGCCGCCGCCGCCGCAUACGCCGUCGUCCGUCUCUUCUUCCCCUUGCCAGACACUCGCGGCAUCCCUACCAUCCCCUUCUGGGUGGCCCUUCUCCCUCUCGUCAAGGACGUCGACCAGCAGGACAUCUUCGCCAGGUACAUAGACGGGCCUCUGCGCAAGCACGGCGCCGUCAAGCUCUUCUUUGCCUCGCGGUGGAACAUCCUCCUUCACCAGCCGUCGCUUCUGGCCGACGUCUUCAGGCACGAGUCCGUAUAUCAGAAGAGCGGCAACCAGAACAAGAUCCCCCACAGCGUCCUCGCCUCCCUGCUGGGCGACAACAUCAUCUCCAGCCGCGGUCAGCCUUGGCACACCUACAGACACGUCAUCAAGCCGGGCUUGCAGGCCGCCCCCGACCUCGGCGUCCUGCUCGUCAAUGCCCGCAAGCUGUGCCGUGUCCUCGUCGAGGCCCAGGCCGCGGCCGGCCACGGCGGCGUUGGUGUCCAGUCUUGCAUACAGAGAUACACCAUUGCCAACUUUGCCCAGGUCCAUUUCGGCGUCGACUUUGGGACGCUGGAAUCCUCCGACGCCUACCUCCACCAGAUCCAGUACCGCAUCAAAAGGGAAAUCUUCAAGCCCGUCUUCUUGAACUUUCCCUUCCUCGACCGUCUAGGGCUUCCCAGUCGCCGUCGCGCUCGAUGGCUCGCCUCCCAUUUUACCGAUCAGUUGGUGCUGGCCUUGGACCAGGCCAGCCAGGACAGCAAGUUUGAUUCCUCUCGCCAACCCCUUACCACCGCCCUCUUGGAAGCGAGACGGAGCGGCACCCUUACGGAGAAGCAGUUCCGGGACAACGUCACUGUCCUGUUUGUGGCCGGGCAGGAAAAUCCGCAGCUGGCCAUCAUUUCCACGCUGUACUUGCUGGCCAAACAUCCCCAUAUCCAAGAGCAAUUACACAAAGAGCUCUCACUCGAAGAUUCGCCCCUCGACGACGUGACGCAAGAAUCUCUCCAUUCCAUACCCUUGCUGUCAGCCGUCGUCUAUGAAAGCCUCCGUCUCUUCCCUCCCAUAGGUCAACUGGUCAACCGGCAAGUCGCCCAGCCCAUUCUUCUUGGAGGAAGAAUCCACCUCCCACAAGGCACUUAUGUCGGCUACAACUGCUACUCCACCAAUCGCGACCCAGGAGCCUGGGGUGCUGAUGCCGAUGCCUUUCGGCCCUCCAGAUGGGGGACUACAUGCCAAGACAUCCAGAAGGAGUACAGACGCCGACGGUCUCGCGCAGAGUUUAUAUCCUUUCACGGCGGUCAGAGGGCAUGUCUUGGGGAGAGGUUUGCGCUCCUGCAGCUGAAGGCAACCUUGCUGGGCCGCUUUGUCCGAGAAAUCUGCGUCUCGUUUUCGAGCAACGGGUGCCACGGUCAAGAUAAGGCCGAAUGUGCGACGCACAUGGAAGGAAUGGAGAGCACAAGGAUGGCCAAGUUUUCCUUGUGA